AUGCUUGUGAAAAGACUACCCACAAGAAUACGUCAUUUCUCUUGUGCAAGAACAAAUUUAGCUAUAGAUCUAUCUUCAAUAAUACAGAAAUCUGUUGGUGAUGUUAAACAAAAGAAUGUUGAAAAAGAAGCUACAGAAGCUCUAAGGAAACAAAAGGAAGCUGAGCUAAAGAAUAAGAAACAAGCUGCAAAAGAUUCCAUGAUAACUGCUGAAAAAUUGAAUAAUGUUUACAGAUCAGAAUUUAGAACAGAACCUACACUUGCUGAAACUUCAAAAUUGAGUAAUUUUUUCUUUAAUGCAAAAGUCAAAUUAGACUGGAUGACUGAAGAUUUCUUAGACAUGCCAGGUGAAAGAGAAAGAUAUGAAAUUGAGCAGAAAAGGUUAGCUGAAGAAGAGGCUAAAACAACGCCUUUAAAUGAUAUUGUGGAAUUUGAUGAAGAUUUUGAAGACAAAAAUACCCAACAGUCUCCUUCUGAAUCAAGUGAAAUAGCACCUGGUAAUGGAUUUGUGAAACCAGAUGUUAAGCUUGGGUUACCUGAAGUUGUUUUCUUGGGGAAAUGUAACGUUGGUAAAUCAACUUUAUUAAAUGCUUUAGUUUCACAAACAAAUUCAAAAGAAUUGGAAACUUUUGCAUAUUCUUCAAAACAUGCAGGAUUUACCAAAUCUAUGAAUGCUUUCAAUUUAGGUGAUAGACUAAGAAUUAUUGAUACUCCUGGUUAUGGUGUUAAAGGUCGUGCAUAUCAAGGUGAACAAGUAUUAGAAUAUUUACAGCAUAGAAAAGAACUUCAAAAAUGUUAUCUUUUAAUAAGUUCUGUUGAUGGUUUUAACCAUUAUGACGAACAAGUUUUAGAUGUAUUGAUUGAAGCAGCUAUACCCUAUGAAGUUGUUUUCACUAAAGUUGAUAAAUUGAAAAAUAUUAAAACUGUUAAAUCAAAUAUUAAAGAAAGUGGUAUACUUAAUAGUAAAUUAGCUCCAGAUUUAUUAUUUGUUAGUUCAGAUACAAAUAGGAAAUUCCCUAAGAGACAAGGAUUUAAUGAAUUGAGAAAAUCAAUAUUUGAUUCUUGUGGAUUAAAUUAUGGAUUACAACCAUUGAGUAAACGUGAUGAUAAGAAAUGA